CUUUAAUCUUGUUGUGGGGGUAGAAUUCUGAAGAACAAUGGGGUUUCCAUUGGCUUUGUUUUUGUGCACUUUGGGUUGCUUCUCUGCAAGUACUGCAAUUGCCGGGAUCAGUGGAAUACUUGAGCUGCACUUCUAUAAAACUAGUUGUCCUGAUGCUGAGAUGAUUGUCAGAGAGCACGUUACAAGGAGUAUGCUCACAGAUCCUUCCAGUGCUGCACCCCUUUUAAGACUGGCUUUCCAUGACUGUCAAGUUGAUGUGCUCUCUCUCUCUCUCUCUCUCGGGGGUUGUGAUGGCUCAAUUCUUCUCAAGGAAUCAUCAAACAGCUUGGAAAUUGAAGCACAGUCUCAGAAGAAUUUUGGAAUAAGAAAGCUCGACAUCAUGAACAAUAUAAAAAGUUCUCUCGAGGAAGUCUGUCCUCAAACUGUAUCUUGUGCUGAUAUUAUACAGUUGGCUGCAAGGGACGCUAUUAACCUGCAUUUACAGGCAGGAGGACCAUUUAUCAAGGUUUUAACUGGAAGAAGAGAUUCUAUUUCUGCAAGCAAGAAGAGAGCUGAAAAUCAGCUUCCGGCUUCUAACAUAUCGGUUAAUGAGUUUGCUAAGAUCUUCCAUGAAAAGAACAUUAAUCUACAAGAAGGAGUUGCAUUAAUUGGAGCUCAUACUCUAGGCAUAGGGCACUGCCGGAACUUUGAGGAGCGACUUAGGCCAGUAAGUGAUCCCACGUUGUCACCGACCUUCUCGUUGCAACUGCAAACAGUUUGCAGCGAUCCUUCUUUGGCCGAUGUUGCAUUUGCCCAAAAUGAUGCCACUGCAUUCAUCUUUGACAAUCACUACUUCAUUGAUAUCCAAAAUGGGAGAGGACUGCUCAAGAUUGAUUCUGAGAUUGCUACAGAUCCAAGGACAAUGCCACAUGUAAUUGCGUUUGGAAAGGACAUGCAGCAGUUCUUCCAUAUGUUUACAUCUGGGUUUCUGAAGCUCUCAAGCCACAAGGUUUUAGUUGGAGAAGAGGGAGAGAUUAGGAGGGAUUGUAGCUUCAAAAAUAGCUAGAUCUAGCCCUGUUACCUGAGUACUUAGCCCGAUAAUAGCCCAUCUAUUUGGUUUUCCUCGUCUUUUCCUUAUUUGUUUCUCCACUUUAUGAUAUCCUUAUCAGAUAGCAAAGAAUGAUGUUCAAUGGUUCAAAACAGCAA